ACACACACACACACCGUAAACAUUUUAUUUUAGUUUGAGCAAGUAAAAGGGGAUGAAUUAUCCAAACUUAGUGCCAAGGAUUUUUUUUUUUUAAUGGGGGCCUGAUGAUUGGAACUCUGUGCCAUAUUUCUUACAUAAAGCUUAUCUAAAAUGUAUAUUUAUUUCAAAUGGAUCAAGGAUUUCCAUUUCUGGCAACAUGGUAGAUUAGGUGCCCAGACUGUCUGAAUCUAAAAUGCUGUACAGGGCUUCCCUAGUGGAGCAGUGGUUAAGAAUCUGCCUGCCAAUGCAGGGGACACGGGUUCGAGCCCUGGUCUGGGAAAAUCCCACAUGCCGCAGAGCAACUAAGCCCCUGAGGCAGAACUAAUGAGCCUGCGCAUCUAGAGCCUGUGCUCCUCCGCAACAAGAGAAGCCACAACAAUGAGAAGCCAGCACACCGCGAUGAAGAGUAGCCCCCCACUCGUCGCAACCAGAGAAAGCCUGCGCACAGGAACAAAAACCCAACACACCCAAAAAUAAAUAAAUAAAUGUAUUAAAGGAAAAAAAAUGCUGUAUAAAUUUUUUUAAAAUAUUUUUAAACUUCUUAAUUUGGCACAAACAUACAGACGCUAUGGAAGGUGGCUCUUGACUUUAAUGUUACCUCACAGCAAUGCUUUGAGAACUACAGAGUGCUGGAGACAGGAUACAUAUUCUGAGACUCCCAAUAUGGAGACGUAAUCAAAGAACCUUGCAUAUAGCUGAAAAUCUGAAAGGCAUACAACUGAAUACACAGUAAACCUAUCUAGCAGAAGGUGACAGCAAGCAAACUUGCCUUCUUUAAUCUCAGUGCUGGUAAAACGAAGAAAAAAAAUCUCCCAUGAGAAUUUAUAACUACAAGCCAGUUCUUAUAUGAGUGUGUGGAGAAGGAAAAAGAUGAAAAGGGGUGAGAAACAUGGAAAACAGAUUAAAGGUCUAAUGUAUGUCUAACUGGAAUUAUAAACUCCUCAUCUCCAAUGACCAAGGAAAGAAGGAACAAUGGUCAUGCCAGAAAGGGCUGCUGCCUCUUGCAGCAUAUUCACUGUACUAACUGCACCAGAUAUGUACCCAAGGACAAGGCCAUUAAGAAGCUGAUCACUGGAAAUAUAGAAGAGAGAGACAUUUCCGAAGCGAGAGUCUUUAAUACCUAUGUGGUUUCCAAACUGUAUGUGAAACUACACUGCUGUGUGAAUUGUAUAACUGACAACAGGGAAGUCAAGAGUCAUUCUCAUGAAACCCAGAAAAACCAUACACCCCAUCCUGAUUUAGACUUACAGAUGCUGCCUCAUGACCUCUGCCAAAGCCCAUGUAAGGAGCUGAAUCCUUAA